GAGAACUGCAUCCGUGUCGGGACAAACCGAGUCCUCCCUCCCCGACAGCACCCGGAGUGUCGCCGACAGCAGCGGCGUCCACGAGCCGGCCCCUUCCUCUCCUUCUGUGACGAGCGACGACGCAUACGUCCCAUCCGAAGUAGAAGUAAACGCCUUUCGACUUGCUUACGGCAUCGCGGUACCGGCCUUCAUGCAGGGCCUGGAAACCAUCGCAAACCAUCUUUUCCCCUCCCUGCGCAGAGGUCCAGCUCAGCCGGGGUUUUGGACACAAGAGGAGAUAGGCAGAAUGGAGGUCGCUACGUGGUGUGCCGAGGGCCUGUGGCUGAUGGAAGAAGAUAUUAAAUCCGAGACUGGCGCGACGUACGGGGCCCAUGUUCAAGGCGGAGGGGACUGGCCCGUGGGCUACAUCAGGUGCCUUUUUGAAUGGGGCAGCGAGGCAGAAGAGGCCAAGGCGAACUCGGAAACGGCGUUGAAACUGUUUCGCCGCGGAGAACUCACCCCGGCCGACAUGGGGGCGCCGAGCACCAUGGAUAUGGAGUACUGGCUGGUGCUAUGUGACGGCAUGAACAAGGCUCGAGAGCACAUCUAUCGGCGCAUGGAGUUGGACGAUUUCCUCAUUUGCCGCGUCCUCCAGCUCUUUGUCCGGCCCAAAUUCUGGCGCCUGGGCGUAGGCUCACGCCUGGUUGAGGAAGCCUGUGAAUACAUGGACAAGCAUGUCGCUAUCGGUUUCGCCUAUGCUUCUCAAGCGGCAGUUGGCUUAUACGCCAAGUUUGGAUUCGACCAACUCUCCACCGUCGAGGGCUCCUUCGGGGAGCUCAAGUGCAUGAUUCGCGUCCCGCCAGUAGGCGGCCUCGACGCUUCGGCACCCCUGAUACGACGGCUGCAAAUAUACAGGAAGACGGUUGCCGCGCUGAUACCUGCUCAUAUGAGAGAGCAGAUGAAUAAAUCGCCUGAUGUCCAGGAUCAGAUUGAAUCGACCAUCGUGAAGCUCACGAUAGAAAAGGCGGGACAGGAUCUAUCGAAGGUCCUAGAACUUGUGAACAAGCGAGUCAAGUCAAAACCGGGUACUACUGGCAACGUAGACGACCGCUCUCUGACGAGAUCCGGUCGCACUGAAAUUGAGGUGGAGGAGGCGGAUGCAGCACCGGGCACGAAACUGUUCAAAUACAGGUUUGUUUGCGAUGGGGAGGAACUAGUGGAGUCAUUAAGCGCUAACGUCGAGAGCAUCGACAGGCGGAUUGAGACAGAGCGGGGCGAGGCAAAGCAGUCUGAGGCAGGCCUGGCAGGGUCCAGGGAAGCAGAGCGCAACGUUGAGGCCGACAAAUUGAAACAGAAGAUAAAUGAGAAACGCAGGGGCAGAAGGGGCAAACGGUGAGGCUCACUCAGGGAAUGCAGGCAAUGCUAGAAGGUCCCGUAGAAGCCGGAGGUUGAUUGUUUCCUUACGACCGUUUUAGGCGAGCGGAAAACUACC